ACACUGCGAACCUUAUGCCGAACCCUAACCUUAAAUUAAGGCCAAAAAGCACAUUUUUGUUUUCAUGUAGUUUUACGAUAUUGACCAUUUAAACUUUGUGGCUGGGGUAACUAUAGUGAAAACCCUCUCCCAGGCCGACGCGCGUAGCCAAACGGAACAUCAGAGAGCAUAGGGCUGGCGUCUCCUGGUAGUACAUCUAUCAGGUCUCGAGCACAUAAAGUCCAAAAGAGAGGGACUAAAGGAAAUAAAGACAAUAGGGGCUCCCUUGCAGGAAGAAGGAAUCUCCCAUCGUUUUAAACCUGGUUCCAUUACCAGAGAGGACACACGCGGGUUUAGCGUUUUACCGAGACGGAUUAAUAAAACGCCAGGCGGAUGUUCGUGAGGAGGGGUGGUCCGCUCUGAAGUUGGAGACUACUGCCUACCGAAUACGGAGAGAGGAGAGAAGCGCUUUUGUUUUCCCCGUGAAGGCUAGCGCCCCCCGGCCACAGCAUGAAGCUGCCGCCUUGUUUCGUGGCGCUCAUCGCGGCGCUGCUCGUUCACUCCGCGCUGGGUCAGACCUGGGUUCCAUCAGAUGAAGAAAGUUCUUCCAGAGAUGAGUUCUAUGACGAUGAAGACUUCGUCUCAGGCUCUGGAUCUGGCUUUCCAGAGAUGAAGGUCAACCCUAUAGCGGUGGGCGUAUCUUUCACCACGGAAGCGCCCCUCCCCUUCUCUACCACCCAGGCCACUGGACCCGCCCCCUCGGCCCCACCUGUAGCCGAGCCCAGCCCUAAAGUUGACGUCCUUCCUACCCCACUACCCACUGAGGGAGAGGGGGAGAGAGUCCUUCCUACCCCACUACCCACUGAGGGAGAGAGAGUCCUUCCUACCCCACUACCCACUGAGGGAGAGGGGGAGAGAGUCAGGGAGAGGGAACGAGAGAGGGAGAGAGAACGAGAGAGGGUGAGAGAACGAGAAAGAGAGAGGAUACGGGAAAGAGAAGGUGAAAGAGAGAAGGCGAGAGCCGCCCAGACUACCAUUUCCCCCCGAGGCCCUGCAGCUCUUCCCAUGGCAACCACCAGUUUGGCGGCGACUCCGGCGGAGAGUACAGCGCCCUCUAGCGGCGCAGAGGACCUGGGCACCACAGAAGAAGAGGACGAGGAUGUUUACCUGUCCCCAGACCCCACCACCAGUUUACUUAUGGAGACCACCACAGAAGAAGAAGAAGAAGAAGAAGUGACCACUACUGAGACAGAGACCACACCCAUCCCAGAGACAACAGCUCCACCCACUACGACUGGCCCAGCCCCAGCUGAGAGGUCUAGCUCCGCCCCCUUCAGGCCCAGGGUUCCUGUGACCUUGCCUACUAAAGCUGCACCCACAGAGAAGAGCACACGUCCCCAGCCACCCUCUACGACGAAUAAUGAGUUAGGGGUUAACGGACCCAGCGGAGACUUUGAGAUCCGUGAGGAGGACCGUCGUCAGGGAAACGAGGUUGUUGGGCGUGGCGUGGAGACGGGAGCAGAGCCUGAUCUGAUUGGCAACACGAUCAACACGGGAAGUUCUGCCGCUCAACUUCCUCAGAAGAACAUCCUGGAGAGGAAGGAGGUCCUGAUAGCGGUGAUAGUGGGGGGCGUAGUGGGGGCUCUGUUUGCAGCGUUCCUGGUCAUGCUGCUGGUGUACAGAAUGAAGAAGAAAGAUGAAGGCAGCUACACGCUGGAGGAACCCAAACAGACCACCGUCACCUACCAGAACCCUGACAAACAGGAGGAGUUCUACGCAUGAGAGAGAGAGAGAGGGAGAGAGGGAAGGACAGGGAGAGAGCGAGAGGGAGGCACGGGGAGAGAGCGAGAGGGAGGCACGGGGAGAGAGGGAGGGACGGGGAGAGAGGGAGGCAUGGGGAGAGAGAGAGAGGGAGGGGAGAGAGGGAGAGGGAGGGACGGGGAGAGAGCGAGAGGGAUCACUCCACCUCCUGUCUUGUCGCCUCACCUCUCCUUCCCAUCUCUUCCUCCCUCUCCCUCAUGUCAGUUGUUGUUAAGAGUGCCUGUCUCCAUGGACUCCGAACUUUCUUUUAAAAAAUUAAAAAAUAAAUGAACAAAAAUAUAUAAGCUGAAAAAAUAACCAUAAACACAUGAUAUACACAUUUGUUUUUUAAAGUAAAUGUUAUGAAUAUUAUACAAUUAUUGUUCUGAUGUAAUUAAUUCAUUUUUGUUUGUUUGUAAAAACACAAGCUCUUAUUCCAGCACAAUACUCCUCUGUCUGUUCCACUGAGCAAAUGAGCCAAGAGAAAGAGGGAUGAGGGGAGAAGGAGGUAGGAGGGAGAUAGGUGU